AUGCGAAUCCAAAGAUCCCUCCCGGCACACUUCGUCCGCGGCGGGACGUCCAACGGCCUGAUGCUGCACCGCAGGGACCUCCCCUCCUCGCCGCGCGACUGGCAGCCCGUCCUCGCGGCGGCGAUGGGGUCCCCGGACCACUACGGACGGCAGCUCGACGGGAUGGGCUCGGGGGUGUCCUCGACGAGCAAGGUGUGCGUGGUGGAGAGAUCCCGCCGGCCCGAUGCCGAUCUGGACUACACCUUCGUGCAGGUGGGCAUCCGGGACGGCGCGAUGGAUGUCGCGGGGAACUGCGGGAACCUCUCGGCGGCGGUGGGGCCGUUUGGGCUGGAGGAGGGGCUUUUGCACGAUCAGGAGGAGGGGGAGGAGGGGGGAAACUACGAAGUCGACGUGCGCAUCUUCAACACCAACACGUCCAAGCUCAUCACCGCGACCUUCGCCGUCACCGGAGACGGCGCCUACAACCCUUGCGGGGGUUACAGCAUCGACGGGGUCCCCGGCACGGGCUCCCGGAUCACGCUGUCCUUCCACGACCCGGCGGGCGCGAAGACGGGGAAAGCCCUCCCGACGGGGAACCCGAUCGACAGCGUCGCGCUCGCCGACGGGACCCGCGUCGCCGCCAGCCUGGUCGACAUCGCCAACCCGGGCGUGUUCGUGCGCGCGGGCGACCUGGGCGUGCCCGGCGCGAUCGACCCGGCCGGGCUCGAGGCGGACGCGGGCCUGAUGGCGCGGCUGGAGGCCAUCCGGCGCGGAGGCGCCGCCCUGAUGGGCCUGGACCCGGCGGUGCAGAGCGUGCCCAAGAUCGUCAUCGUGUCGACGCCGGAUGCACCGCGCGCCCGGGGCGUGAACAUCGUCUGCAGGGCCCUGUCGAUGCAGCAGCCGCACCGGGCGGUGCCCCUGACCCUCGCGCUCAACCUCGGGGCCGCGUGCAAGAUCCCCGGCACGAUCCCGGCCCUGAUGGCGAGGGGCCUCGAGGUGCGCGCGGACGGGAACGUCACGAUCGCGCACGCGAGCGGGGAGGUGGAGGUCGGGAGCGUGUUUGAGGGCGGCCGGGUGGUGAGUGCGCUGCUGCAUCGCACGGCGAGGGUCUUGAUGAAGGGCGAGGUGUUCUACGCCGCUGAUGCUGCUGAUGCUGGUACUGAUGCUCCGAGCACGUGA